AUGGUGCUCUCAAACAAACUCGACCGCACUCUGCGCGCGGCCCAAGACAGCUCAGAUGCCGAGAGCUACUACGAGGUCACUGACCGCUCAUCCUCUGCGUCGGUCAUUGAAGCAGAUGAGGGUGGUAACGUAAUCAGCUCAGACGACGAGCAGCCAAGCGGUUCCGAAGACGACGAUAUGCAGUCAGACGUCUCGGACGACGACCAAGCAAAAGCGCAAAUGAGCAAAGUCUCGUUUGGAGCACUAGCCAAAGCACAAGACGCCCUCUCUAAACAACAACCGGCGGAUCGAAAGCGAAAACGAGGCGACGACGCAUCAAAAUCACAGGAGGACAAGCUCGAGGCAUUGCGCGAGAGGUUACGGCAGAUCAAGGCCGAAAAGCUUGCGACCGGCGCACAACCCAGCAAGAAAGCGAAGACGGCCAAGAGCAAGAGCAAAGGUCAAGACAAACAGAAACCUCAAAAAGCCAGCGACGAUGAAGACUCCGACUCCGAUGCAGCCCCACAUGCGCGCUCGAGCAAACACGCACCUGCCGUGCAGUCAAGCAAGCGCAUGGUCUCACGUAAGCGAAAUGUGGUUGAAGUGAAGAAGCCUGUGUUCCGCGACCCACGAUUCGAUAAUGCUUCAGGGCCUCCGCCCGACGAGUUCGUGACAGGAAAGCGUUACUCUUUCCUCAACGACUACUGCACAUCUGAGAUAUCAGAACUGCGUCAAACUAUUAAGAAGACGAAGAACGAGGACGAAAAGGAGCGGUUGAAGAAGAAGUUACUUUCUAUGGAGUCGCAGCAGAAGGCGCGCGAGAACAAGGAGAAGCUACAAGAAGUGGCGCGCGAGCACAAGAAGAAGGAGAAGGAGCUUGUCAAGGAGGGCAAGCAGCCUUUCUUCCUCAAGAAGUCAGAGCAGAAGAAGAUUGCACUGGUCAACCGCUUCGAGAAUAUGAAGUCGAAGCAGCGCGACAAGGUCAUCGAACGCCGUCGCAAGAAGGUCACGGCCAAGGAGCGCAGGAACAUGCCCGACGAGCGCCGCACUGCCCAAUAG